GGCGCGUUCCGCCGGCACUGUCGCUCCUGCCGCCGCCGCACGCGCCCCGCGCCCGCCGCACACACGCGCCCGCCCGCCCGCCGCGCCAUGCCCGCCGAUACGGGCAUGGAGAAACCCACCGCCUCGCCCAUCGCGGGGGCGCCGGCCAGCGCCAGCCACACGCCGGACAAACCGCGGAGCGCCAGCGAGCACCGGAAGGUAAAUGGCGGGUGCCGGUCGGGGAGCGGCGGCAGCGGCGGCGCUGGAUGGCGGCGAGCCCGCGGCCGUGCUGAGUCCUCCAAGCCCAUCAUGGAGAAGCGGCGCCGGGCGCGGAUCAAUGAGAGCCUGGGGCAGCUGAAGACGCUCAUCCUGGAUGCGCUGAAGAAGGAUAGCUCCCGGCACUCCAAGCUGGAGAAGGCGGACAUCCUGGAGAUGACCGUCAAGCACCUGCGGAACCUGCAGCGGGCGCAGAUGACGGCCGCACUUAGUGCCGACCCCACCGUCCUCGGCAAGUACCGGGCUGGAUUCAACGAAUGCAUGAACGAAGUGACACGGUUCCUAUCCACCUGUGAAGGGGUGAACACUGACGUGCGGACCCGCCUGCUCAGCCAUCUCUCGGCUUGCCUGGGCCAGAUUGUGGCCAUGAACUACCCACCGCCACCGCCGUCCGGCCAGCCCGCACAUCUGGCGCAACAACCUCUGCACGUCCAGCUGCCCCCUGCAGCAGCUGGAGCUGUGCCCGUCCCUUGCAAACUGAACCCUGCCGAAGCCCUGUCCCCCAAGGUCUACGGGGGCUUCCAGCUUGUCCCUGCUACCGACGGCCAAUUUGCUUUUCUCAUCCCGAACCCAGCCUUCCCUCCCAGCUCCGGACCGGUUAUUCCCCUCUAUGCCAAUGCCAACACCAACGUCCCAGUGUCCACGGGCAGCGGCUCAGGGAAUGCGGCCGCCACCCCAUCAGCAUCCCCGGUGCAGGGGUUGACAUCAUUUGGGGGCAGCAUUGUUCCAGCGUCCCAGGCGGGGAGUCCCAUCGCAGAGCGCAGCGAAUCGGUCUGGAGGCCUUGGUGACUUGUCUAAAGCCAUUUCACCCCCCCGCGCCUCCCCCCAGCCAGAAAACUCUUCUGUUGGCUCCGUUGUAUGGAGCCCUGUUAUGUUUGGAGUUUUUUUUUAAAGCAGAUUUAAACAGAAAGGGAAAAAGGACCUUGCUAUGAACAUGCUAUUUAUUAUUUUCAGAGGUUGGGAUCUUGACUUGUAUUUUUACUCCUUUAAAAUGCCUUUAUUUGAGAUACUUUUUUUAAAAAAAAAAUAAAUAAAUAAGAAAUAGUUUUGUAACAAAUAUUCAAAAGUAUAAUGCCAAAGUUGUUUGUAUCCUGUUUGUGUGUGUGUGCGUGCCUGUGUCGAAGACUUCCAAGAAAAGAAAUGCAGGUGUUUAAAUAAAUAAACUCUUUGAAAUAGA